AUGCGCAUCUACGGCGGCAACAAGAUGCCCGUUGAGGGCAAGACCGUUCUCCUCACGGGCGCAUCCGAGGGCAUGGGCUUGUCCGCCGCGCAAAAGCUCGCGGCCCGGGGCGCAAACAUCAUUCUAGUCUCCCGCAGCGUCGACAAGCUCAAAGAAGCCCUCGCGAGCGUCCAGGCUGCUGCUAAGAACCCGAGCACGCAGCGCUUCCACUACAUCUCCGCCGACGUCUCCGCGCCCUCGUACGCCCAACCGCUCAUUGAAGAAGCUACGCGAUGGAACAAUGGCAAGUCCCCGGACAUCGUUUGGUGCGUGGCGGGCAUGUCGGUGCCUGAGCUGUUCGUCGACAUGGACAUGGAGUCGAUGCGUCGGCAAAUGGACGUCAACUUCUAUGGCACGGCCGACAUGUCCCAUGCAAUCCUCCGCGAGUGGCUUGCCGCCGACGCCCCCGUCGAAAAGGAGCCCAAGCACCUCAUCAUGACCACGAGCGUUGUCGCCCUCUUCACCAUCCCAGGAUACGCCCCCUACGCCCCGUCAAAGUGGGCACUCCGCGGUCUCGCCGAUACAAUCUCCCAAGAAGUCAUGAUGUAUCCGCAAAACGUCAAGGUUCAUGUCGUCUACCCGGGCACCAUCCUCUCCCCCGGGUUUGAGCGCGAGAACCGCAGCAAACCGGCCAUCACCAAGCUCCUCGAAGCAUCGGACCCCAAGGAGACCCCGGAUCAUGUCGCCGACAGCGCCAUCCGUGGGCUGGAAAACGGUGACUACUUCGUCACAGUCAACUUCUUGGGACAUCUGAUGAGGUGGGGCGUGCUCGGGGGCUCCUUUCGAAAUAAUUGGGUUGUCGACACGCUCGGCGCCUGGCUCGCGUCCAUCUUGUGGUUUUUUGUCCAGAUGGAUUUGCAUGGCAAGAUCAGGAGCUACGGCAAGAAGCAUGGCCACCCUAGCACUUACGAGAAGCACUGA